AUGAUAAGAAUAUUUGUUGGGAAUGCUGGAGGAACGGGACUGACCCGGUUUGUGGGCUCCAUCCAACAGCUGCUGCUCAAAUCUGACGUCACGGCUCCUGACGACCAGUGUGAGGAGGACGAUCCUUAUGCGUCUGGAUUUGGCAGCGGUGACGCGGAGUAUGACGACACUGAUGAUGGAGAAGAAGUGAAGAAAGUGGUGGAGGAGAGAGUGUUUACUGUGCCCCCCCUAGAGUUAGACCCCACCUAUAGCACCCCAGUCCAAGCUCCACCAACCGAGAUGCCCGUUGGCAGUGAUGAUGAAGACUAUGGAGACGCAGAGGAGGCGUCUGGACAUGAGGAGAAGAGGGAGAAGGAGGAGGAGGCGCCCACCACAGCUACAGGUCGAUCAGGCAUCCUCUCCAGUGUCUUUACUGGUCCUCCUGGUGCUAGAGGUUAUCCUGGUCCCCCUGGUCCACGUGGACCGCCUGGACCUGCGGGAAAGGCUGCAACUGAUGGGAGACCUGGACCUGAGGGGCCGCAGGGGCCACAGGGACGAAUGGGUCUCCCUGGAACUUCAGGAAAGGACGGACAGCUGGGCAGUAAAGGUGAACCUGGGCUGCAGGGCGUACCUGGGGUUCAAGGAAUUCCAGGACUUCAGGGUGAACCUGGUCCUCAGGGAGAGAAGGGGGACGCAGGCAUUGGAUUACCAGGACCUCCAGGUCCUCAAGGACCUCCUGGACCUGUAGGAAAACUUUCCCUUUAUUCUGAGGGGUCAGGAUACAGUGACUUUGAUGGUGAUGUAGAGGGGCUGAUCCGGGGGCCUCCAGGACCUCCAGGCCCUCCAGGUCGACCAGGGCCUCCAGGAAACUCCACAGCGGGCGUCUUGUCUGGACCCCCAGGGGCCCCUGGGAAAAAUGGAAUAGAUGGACAGAGAGGAGAACCAGGUCUCCCUGUGAUUGGGGAGUGGUUUAGUGGUUCUGGUUCUGGUUCUGCCUUUGGUUCUGGUUUUGACUCAGGGACUGGUGAGGGAAUCAACGGCAAAGACGGAGAACCAGGAUCCACAGGAGCAAAGGGAGAACAGGGGGCUCCUGGUGUGGCUGGACAAACAGGACCAAAGGGAGAUCAGGGACAUCCAGGUAUUCCAGGUCUUCAAGGCUCACAAGGUGUAGAAGGACAGACCGGCCCCAGGGGUCCACCUGGUCUACCUGGUCCUCCUGGGCGUCCAGGACUGCCUGGAAGUGGCCUCAUGUUGGACUUUGAGGACAUGGAAGGUUCUGGUGUGCUCAAUGGGUUUGGUCCAUUCUCCAAAGGUCAACAGGGACAGCCUGGAGUUCCAGGACUGAAGGGUAAAAGUGGUUUGCCAGGAAUUCCAGGAACUCCAGGACAAAAGGGGGAUACUGGGUUUCCAGGAACUCCAGGAUUACCAGGUCUUAAUGGAAAAAAUGGGACAGAGGGACCAAAGGGCGACAGAGGAGACCCGGGACUGAAGGGAGAACCAGGACGAGAUGGAGUUGGACUUCCAGGCCCUCCAGGACCACCUGGACCAGCAGGACCCGUUAUCAACCUCCAGGAGCUUCUUCUCAACGACACUGACGGCGUCUUCAACUUCUCAGAACCUCAUGCAUUAAUGGGAAUACAGGGUCCAAAAGGAGACAUUGGUUCUCCAGGUAUUCAAGGACCUCCAGGACUUAAGGGUGAAAAAGGUGAACCUGGAAUAAUUAAGACCUCAGACGGAACCUUGGUGUCAGGACUUCCUGGUCCAGCUGGACCUAGAGGAGUGAAGGGAGACCUGGGUUUGCCUGGACCUUCUGGUGUUCAGGGACCUGUGGGACCUCAAGGAACCAAAGGAGAGCUGGGUCUUCCUGGACGGCCGGGUCGUGCAGGUGUGAUGGGAUCAAAGGGUGAGAAAGGAGAUUCAGGGGGACUGCAGGGACCUCCUGGUCGUCCUGGACCACCAGGCCGUCCAGGAAUCUUCAACUGCCCUAAAGGGAUGGGUUUGAGGUCCACUCCUUCAUUCUCAUGCAUGCUUCACAUGGAAUCUGGGAAACUGAAGGCUCGCUGUCACAAACCUACUGAGCUCAAUCCCAAUGGAACCAUCUCUGCCGGCAACUGUCAGACUGGAGCUAAGGGGGAGAAGGGCGAGCGGGGUCUUCCUGGGAUGCCGGCUCCACCAGCAACAUAUUUUCACAGAGGAAUUUCGUUGCCUGUCGGUGAGCAGGGAGUCAAAGGACAGAAAGGAGAAAAGGGUGAGACUGGUUCUCCAGGAUUACCUGGAAUUCCUGGAAGACAAGGACUGAUGGGUCCAAAGGGAGAAUCAGGUGUCGGUCAUCCAGGACUUCCUGGGUAUCAGGGCGUACCUGGACUUCCAGGCAUUGGUAGACCAGGUCCUCCUGGCCUCCCUGGACCACCGGGGCCUCCGGGACUUCCUGCCUCCAGAUAUGGCUCAGUGAGCAUUGCUGGACCUGCGGGACCUCCAGGACCUCCAGGACCCCCUGGAACCUCAGGAAAUUUUGGAUCUCUAAAAACCUUUCCGAGCCGUGAGAGCAUGAUGCAGCAGACCGUCAGAGACGCUGAAGGAACUUUGACCUACGUCACAGACACAGGAAGUCUCUUUCUCAAGGUUUCACAGGGAUGGAAAGAGAUUCAGCUGGGCAGCCUGAUCUACCUUUCCACAAACAUCAUCCCCCAGGACCAGCCUGACGUGGCCUAUCAGGUCAGAGGAGACACGGUGAAGAGACUCCCCUCAGUCAGUAACAGGCUGAACCUGGUGGCUCUGAACCAGCCUCACUCUGGAGACAUGUUGGGCCUGGACAUGGCGGACAGGAUGUGCUACGAGCAGGCCAAAGCCAUGGGUUUAGCCACCAAUUACAGAGCCUUCAUCUCCUCCCACAGACAGGACCUGGUCCAUGUGGUCUACCCCAACUUCAGGGACACGCUUCCUGUCACUAACCUGAGGGGAGAGGUGAUGUUCUGGAGCUGGAAGUCCAUCUUCAACGGAGACGGAGCUCCACUUAACUCCAGGAUUCCCAUCUACUCCUUUGACGGUCGCGAUGUGUUAGCUGACCCGUUCUGGCCUCAGAAGAACAUUUGGCACGGGUCUAACAGCAGAGGUUACCGUGUGUUAGACAAACACUGUGAGACGUGGGCUACGGACCAUGUUUCUGUUAUGGGCCAGUCGUCCAAGUUGACCUCAGGUCUACUCCUGGGUCAGCAGACCAGGAGCUGCUCCAAUGAAUUCAUCGUCCUCUGCAUCGAGACCCAUAAGAGCGCUUAAGUCCACGUUGAACCAGUAUGAACCAAUAAGUCCCUAAACCACUCCACUUUGUGACCCAAGUGGGCCACAUUCACUGUCCAACACUCUGGGAUGAAAAAGAUUUAUAUUUUUUUUCCCUUUUCACUUCUUUGGUGCUUUGUUAAAUGUCUCUGUGUUUUUUUGUUUUUCUGAGAUCACAGAACCGUCUUUAAAUCCUUGUUUUAUCAGUGGGAUGAAGAGAAAUGUGGGUUGGAUGAAAACAGGACACAUUCUGAGUCUGAAUCCCAGAAAAGUCUUCACAUUGUGGUUCGGAUGAGCGUAGGCUGUGGCGCCUCUUUCUGUUAUUGUCUUUUUAUUCUUUAAAAGACUGAAAGCAAAGACCCAGAGGUUGAGAACCACAAAGUGGUCUGGCCCAAUGAUAGGCAAAACAACUACCACCGAUAGGCUGACAUUUGGUCUCAAGGAUGUGGGCUACGUCAUGGCCAGAACAUAAACCAAAGCCCUCCUGGCUCCAUGUUGGAUCAGAUAAAACCAUUCAGGCCAGAAGAAUGUGGCCCACUGUCUGGACUCCAUACUACAGACCAGAUGUGGGCCACAUUCUAGAUAUCAGGUGUUAGCCAAUGAAGACUCUUCCUGUCUGGGCCACGACUCCACAAAACAUGUCCAGAGUUGCAAUUUAAAAAAAAAAAUCAAAUUGAAGAGAAAUUUAGACCAAAUUUUUUUACAUACAAAUUUUUUGGUUUUUUGAAGCCAACGUUUCCACCAAAGUUCUUUUUCGUUGCACUGUACCUUUUUUUUCUUUUACUAAAGAAUCAGUUUUAGAUUCAAAGCUUUUUUCCAUUUGAAUGUUUUUUAUUUAAUUUUUUUUUUAUAAACCCUGUUCUUUUCACUCCCUCGCAGCUCAUUUUUCUUCAUGGACUAUUUAUUUUACAUCCAGUUUAUUAUUUAUGUCAUCACAAGCACAUAACAUGAAAACAAGUGAUGAAAUUUAAGAAUGUAAUUUAUCCUGCCGUGUUUGUAAAGUGACUGUUUUUAUUUUCUCACUUUUUUGCCAGAUUUUUUUUUUGUUUUGUUUUUUAGUUUUCACUAGAUUUUGUAUUUUUAGAAAGUUUUUGGAGAAUGUUGACAAAGUCGAACAGGAUCCACUUUAGUCCAAGGGAGCAGAAAACCACACUUGAGAGUGAAAGAAAAGAAAAACAAAGCAAAACAAUGCAAGACAGCAGUUGAAUUUUCACAGGCAAAAAGUGAGAGCACAUGAUUUUGUAUGAGCGUUGGUGCUUUGUUGAAUAAAGUGUUUUUUUUCUUUUCAUAAGACAUUUUGUUUUUAUCCUUCAUCAAACAUUCACUCACCGACAGGCUUAAAAGCAGAGGCUCCGUUUCGUUGUAUCCUUGUGUUACAAUAACAAUAAAGACUAUGAGUUUCAUAUCAUACCAGAAAAAUUGGA